AUGGCAAAAAUUCGACACUCAACAGACAGACGUGAAAAGUUACAACAGUUUGCUAAUACUACUAGAGGCUUUUCUCCUGUUUGUGAGGAAAAGUCUACAGAUUGUAUCCAACCAGGAUCAAGUUUUGCUUCUUCUGACUUCGACAGAAAAUCGAAAGCUCCGCACGAUCAAUUGAGAAACUUACAGGACAGUUUAUCCACGUUUUUUACGCCAUCGUCUGGUCGAAGAAGUCGUCAAGCUCCGAAAAAGUUCGAGGAUGAAGGUCCGGAGAAGCCCAUGAAGAUUAUUAGAAUUUCCAAUGAUAUGGAGGAUACUCAACUGAUGAACCCAUUACAGUCUCCUCUGACAAUAGAUGUCAACCAUGAACCCGUUAAAACAAAAUCAACUGCUUCACGUAGAUCUUCAGAAGCUCGUUCACCUCAACGACGAGCAUGUGAAACUUUGGUAGAUUCUUUGUCCUCUUUCUUCUCAGUGUCUUCAGAGAAAAGACGAAUCAUCCCUCGGGCAGGCUCAGCUCAAAUAGAAAAUUCACCCGGUACUUCUUCCAGUAACUGCCCCAGUAGGGACAACGAGUUCUCAGAGAACAGAAAAAAGAUGUCCAUUAGACUUCGUAAGUCAGACGCCGAGCUCAAACCUAUAGUGGGAGGACGACACACUCAAAAUAGUGCCAGUGCAGCUCUGUUUGGCUCACCGAGUAAAGACGACAGAGUAAAAAUAAAUGGAAGUUUAUCGCCCGUUUGUAAAAGACCAAAGUUAAAACACCCUUCGCGUUCUUCCAGUAAGUAUAAGGAAGAGAGUGAUGAGGACGAUAAAGUCAGCGAAGAGAAGACUACUCCUAAAUCCAAAUCAAGGAUGAGAGAGAAGAAGAAAAAGAAGUUAAGUUCUGCCAUUUCUCCAUCCGGUUCGACUUCUGGUGACAAGGAGAAUAUUAGUUCUGACUACAUUCAAGAUGGUCAAGUCCAGGUUACGGAUGAUAACCGUCAAGUAUUCGAGGAAGCUAGGAAGAGGACUCAAAAGUUGAUUGAUGAAGCUAUCCAAGAAGUAGCAGACAGGGUAGCUUCGUCAGAAAACAAGGAGACGUGUCAAUGGCCGCUAGCUAUUAGAAUAAGAAAUUUUGAGAUUAAAACUUGGUAUAGCGCUCCAUAUCCUCAAGAAUACGCUCAUGUAGCUGUUCUUCAUAUUUGUGAAUAUUGCUUGAAAUAUAUGAGGUCUGAGAAAAUCAUGGCUCAACACCAGAAAAAGUGUAAAGUUUAUCGUCCUCCCGGUAAUGAAAUAUAUCGUCAUAAUAAUGUCUCUGUUUUUGAAGUAGAUGGAAAUGUAUCGAGACUCUAUUGUCAAAACUUAUGCUUGUUAGCAAAACUUUUCCUCGAUCACAAGACAUUGUACUACGAUGUUGAGCCAUUUCUUUUUUACGUUGUAACAACUAAUGAUGAAUAUGGCCAGCAUUUUGUUGGUUAUUUUUCAAAGGAGAAGUAUAGUGCUCAAAAGUUCAACUUAUCAUGUAUUGUAACAUUGCCUUGCUAUCAAAAACAAGGUUUUGGACGGUUUCUUAUUGAUUUUAGUUUUUUACUCUCAAGGAGGGAACACAUGCAAGGAACUCCAGAGCGUCCUUUAUCAGACCUCGGUAGAGUGUCCUAUGCAAGUUAUUGGAGAACUUGUCUAAUGGAAUAUAUGUAUAAUACAGGAAAACAUAGAUCUGUUAUUUCUCUUGCUGACAUUGCUCGCGAAACCGGAGUUUCAGUUUACGAUGUUACAGAAGUUUUCGAUUCAUUACGAUGGUUUUCUAAGCAGAAUAAUGGUGAAAGAGUUUUGGAAAUCAAUAAUACAAUGCUUGAAAAUCAUUGGAAAAAAGCCAAAGCAGAUAAGAAUAGGAUAUGGAUACAUGAACCAGCUUUGAAAUGGGUACCAGUCAAGCAUACACCAACUAAGGAUUUUGGGGUUCGCUCUCCCGUUUUGACUCUGACACCCCAACGGAGUCCAAUGUCCACGGCUAACGUGGGGAGCACGCCAACUGGGGUUUCUUUAGCUGCCGUGGGAAGUACAGUUAAAAAGGGAGCUUCUCCUAAACCUUCAAAGAAGAAAGCUGCUCGGCAGUUGAAACUCUCUGCUUCAAUUAGACCCAAGCUUCUUUCAUCUUCGUCAGAAGAUAGUUCAUCCGAAUCUGAUCAUUCACCAAACAGAAAAAGUUGUCGUACUAAAAGUCGUGGUAGAGCUCGUGAUAAAUCAUCCGAUGAUGACGAAUCGCGCCGGCCAGAUAGCAAGGUCCUGAAAAAGUAUAAUAAACUCGCAAAUGAGAGUAGAGUCUCGAGUAGCAAUUCAUCGAAGAAGGAGCCUGUAUCGUCAAGUUCAAAGAAUCGAUGUACAGUUAGCCGUGGCAGAGCCGUUUUCGACGAUACUGAAAAACUCGUUAAUUCUAAUCAAGGGAAUGGUUUAAUGGUAGACAAGAAAGGGGAAUCUUCAAGAUCUGACAGAAAAACCGUAAAUGGUCGUACUGGCAGUAUGUCCAAAAGACAUGGUCAUCAUAGCCCCAAAAAGGCUGUGCGAGUUCCCAUUAAGACUUGUCCGUCUUAUCUACCUGCGGAUGAUGAGAAUGGCCACCAUAAAAGACGAUCUUUGAGUCAAAGGACAAAUUCUUCUUCGACGAGUGUUAGCCCUGCUUCCUCUAUGGAAUGUUUAGAAAUGCGGAUGAGAGCCGAUAGUCCUUAUGGUACUCGAGCCAAUCGAGGAUACAAUUUGGAUGAAGAGCUUAUGCUGCGCUCUCCUUCUACUAGUCGGGCAACGAUGAGAUCAUCUCCAACCAUUCAAAGUUCUCAAAGGCCUUCUAGAUCUAGUCAUCAUGAAAAAGCUGAACCACACUCUGUGCAAGUAUCGAGUGUCGAAAACACUGAUGAUAGUCGUGCUGCAAGCCCAUGUUCUGAUGAUGAGUCGGCGUCUAAUCCAGCAGACUCUCCGAAGCCUAUGGGUGACCGUUUUCCUGAACAUGUUAACAUGGGAGGAAUUCCUGAUGAUGAUGAUGAAGAUGAUACUUUCUCCAGAUGUGCACCGUCUGAGGAAAGUGACCAGCCUCCCCAGCUCCAUGCUGAGAGUGCCACUGAUCUCAUAACCGUAGGCGGCUCUUCAUCGAGCGGCGAAACUGGUUUAAGCGGCCCGCCACCUUUACUAUCUUCCGAAAUAGGAUACAAUACUGAUGAUGAUGAAGCUCCACCGAAGCUUUCACCCGCUCUCAUUUCUGUACCCCUCGAGAAUGAGUUAAUAGAUUUGACUGAAGAGGAGCGACAACACCUUGCUCUCGACCAGCCCCCUAAAGCCCCAGUCAUGAUACAUGAUGUUGGUGAAGAAGAAAUGGCAUACCACACCUCAGUUCAUAAUUUGAUCGACAACUCAGGAGUUGCUUCUCAUCAUAUGAUGCAGCAGGCUUCUACUCCUCUUCCCACUUACCCAGGAAGUUUACAUCAAGCUACGCCUGAUAGCGUGCCGUCGUGUCAUAUGUCGAAUCAACAAACAACUCCGGAAAUGCAGGCUGGACAGUUUAUGAGUCCUCCUAUGCAACAGGCUAUGAUGCAACCAUCGUCGGUUUCUUCUGUUCACUCAGCUCACAACUCAUCGAUGGAACAUGUUGGCCCUGGUUCUUCCGGAGGAAAUCAAUCGUUCCCUCAGAUGGCUCCAGUUGCAGUCCCCACCGAUCCUGCUGGCCAAUUGCACAAUCCAUGUCUAGGGAAUAAUUCAUAUGGAAGUCCGUCUACGCAAAAUCAACCAAUGCGCAGCUCCACAGAUGCUGUCCCAACUAAUAGUUCAAAUCAGCGGCGCUCAGGCGAAGGUAGUCGGAAACAGAGAACUCAAUCGCAACCUCAGAUGCAACCAAGUCAUCAACAGCUCUCUCAGCAGUUUGCUAUGCAAGCUCCGUUCUACAACCCCCAGUAUCCUGCAUAUCCCGGUUAUGGUUUUGACCCAACAGCUUUCCCCUCAGCUCAUUCCUACUUCCCUCCUGCUUACCAAUAUGGUAAGGCUGCUGCCACAAACACGGCUAUGGGAAACAUGAUGCAGGCACCUAUGAUUUAUAAUUAUCAGAAUAAUAUGGCUCCUAACAUGCACCAGCAAGUUUCGUGGCCUCGGUAUCCAGCUGCAGGCCCAGUUCCAACGUUUCCAGCAUCGGCCAACCCUGGUUUCCCUCCUGCCCCUUAUUUUGGAGCUAGUAAUUACUCUUAUUUCCAAAAAUAG